AUGUCUGAUCCUCUUAGCCUCAUCUCCAGCAAGUGCUUCCAUCGCCGCGUCAUUCUCGACACAGCUUAUGGCCCCCUCACCAUCACAUUCGCCGACAUAGGCUGCACCACAGGCCCCGUACUGCUCUUCCUACCGGGUAUGUUUGCCUCGCGCUAUCUCAGUAUCCCUAUGCACGUAAUCGCGGAGCGCGCCGGAGUGCGCCUGCUCGUGGUCGACCGGCCUGGAAUGGGCGCGUCGACCGAUGUACCACUCACCCAGCGCAUCGCCGUCUGGGUCGAUAUGCUGCCACGCCUGCUGGCGCAUCUGGGUAUUCCGCGCGUCAGUCUUGUGGCGCACAGUGCUGGAACCAUUUAUCUGCUCAAUACGUGGGCGCAGUGCCGUGAGAUUGUGAGCCCUGUCAUUGCUUUCUUAGCUCCGUGGGUUGAUCUCGCACAUUCCCGCGUUACAGUAAUGCAAAUGGCCCAGUACGUGCCUACCAAGGCAUUCGCAAUGUGGCACCUCAUCCCGCGCUUCUUCGUAACGCAGGCUAGCCCCGUGCUGGCGUCGAGCGGGGCUGUGGUCCGCCGGAUGUCAUCACAGAGCAGUGAAGCGGCGGAUCGCUCGUUCUUCGAUGCUAAUUGGCGGCGCGUCGAGCGUGAUUAUGGCGUGCCGCACGCUGAACAGGCGGAGCUCGCUCGUCUCGCCCUCCGGUUUAUGUAUAAAGAGGACACUGUUGGGGCGAAUAGCGAGGCCUUGCAGUGUCUUCGGAAGGGCGAUGGUAGCAGCUGGGGGGCCUGCUCGGACUAUGCUCACUGCAUGCAGACGCUGGCGGGCCGCGAACGGUCCACAGGUGGCCGGGUGAGUGUCCGGACGUACUUUGCCGCCAAGGAUGUCUUGGUGGGCAGUCGGGGCCAAAAGUACUUUGAGGGGUGCUGGCGAGCACCGGGGUUGGAGGCCAUUGACUACGUCUCGACGAUCGUCGAUGCAACAGAUCACGAUACUCUGGCGCAGUCGGUGGAGGUGUGGGAGGAGAUAUUUUCUUCAGUACAGUAA